AUGAGAAAGCUGAGAGGAGUCCAGGAUAAUUUAAAGGUUUGGAAGCGUAAAGUUUUUGAUGAUCUAAAUGAGGUGAAAGCGGAGUUAGUUCAAGAUAUUGAGAAAUUGGAUGCGAAGGAAUUUAGGGAGGGUUUAUCUGGGGCUUUAAGGGAUAAGAGAUCAUUGCUUAGGAUUAAGUUGGAAGAGCUUGUUUUUAGGGAGCAUAUUUUUUGGGGACAAAGGGCUAAGUUGAAAUGGGCUAAAGAGGGUGAUACCAAUUUUAGAUUUUUUCAUAGGGUUGCGUUGGGAAAAAGGAUGAAAAAUUUUAUUAAAAAUUUGGAGGUAGGGCAGGGUGUGGUGGUGAGUAAGGAUGAGUUUAUUGUUAUGGAGAUUUUCAAUUUUUAUUCAAAUCUCUACUCUGAUGGGGGAGUGGAUUAUCCAAGGAUCGAAGACAUUAAUUGGGCUCUUAUGGAGUCAACAAUAGCCAAUUGGCUUGAGAGACCCUUUGACAAAUGUAAGGUGAGACAUGCGGUGUUUGAGUGUGAGAAAGAUAAGGCUCCAGGUCCAGAUGAUUUUUCAAUGGCCGUAUUUCAUGAUUGUUGGGACAUUGUGAAAAUGGAUCUUAUGAGAGUGUUUGGUGAGUUCUUUGAAAGUGGGGAGGUCAACUUAUGCACCAAUGCGUCCUUCAUUUGUCUAAUUCGCAAGAAUGGGAAGUCGGUCAAGAUUGGGGAUUUUAGACCCAUUGGCUUGGUUACAUCACUUUACAAAAUUCUAGCAAAUGUGCUUUUUGAGAGAAUUUGGGUGGUCCUUGAGGAAACCAUCUCUUCUGCACAAGUGGCAAAUGAGGUUAUUGAGGAGUAUAGAGGGUUACAUAAGGAGAGUGUUGUCUUUAAGGUUGACUUUGAGAAGGCGUAUGACCAUGUUGAUUGGGACUUUGUGGAUUUUGGUAAGGGUGUUAUUGAGGGAUUUAUAGUAGGGAGGGCUAGGAUUGGCGUCACUCAUCUACAGUUUGCGGAUGAUACUACAUUUUUUUCAUCAAAUGAGGAAAGUAAGGUGGGUAGUUUGUUAAAGAUUUUGAGAAUUUUUGAAAUUGUGUCGGGCCUCACUGUCAAUCUUAACAAGAGUAGUGUUGUGGGUAUUAAUUUGGAAGAAAACUAUGUGCAAAGGGUGGAGGAUAUGUUGGAUGUUCCAUUGAAUUAUUUCCUCUCAAAUACUUGGGGCUUCGAUUGGGGGGAGAUCCUAGAGUGGUGUCUUUUUGGAAGCCUGUUCUUGUCAAAUUUGAGAAAAGAUUUAAGGGAUAAAAGCAAGCUUUGUCGUCUGAGGGAGGGAGAUAUACUUUGGUACAAUCUUUAUUUAGGCUUUGCUCCUGUUUAUUUCUUGUUCAUAUUCAAGAUUCCAGUUGGCAUUGCGAGGAAAAUUAAGAAAUUGAUGAGAGAUUUUCUUUUGGAAAGGGUGUAA